UUUCCUAAUUGUUAUUCUUCUUUUCAUCUAAUUUUUUUGUUGAAUGUCAACCCUGAUUCCUCUUUGUUCGCCUAUAGAUUUUCGGAAUAAUUUGUAAAGUUUUUUCUUUAUAUCUCUUUAUGGAAGAGAAGAAGGAAGAACUUUUAUUGCUGUAAAGAAUAUUAUAUUCUGAAACGGCAACUAAGUAAUUUACCGUUUGUAAUAGGAAAUACUCUCAACUAUCGGUUCUCACUUAUAAAUCGUAUUUCUGUUCGUCAAAAUGUUAAUACUAUUAGAGAUUGUUAACCCGGAAAACCAUUAGACGUUACAGCAGAGUCGAUUUCACCAACUGAAAUAUUAGUCAAAUGGCGUCAUCCUCGGGUUAAUCCAGAUGCUGUUAAACAAUAUGAAAUUUUACUUAACACGUCAACGUCUUCAACAUUAUAUAAUAAGAAUAGCAUUAAGUACAGUGUUGAUCAUACCGAGAAUUCUUACAAAAUCGACAACGUCAAGCCUGGCACAGUCUAUCAAAUUUGUAUGAGAGCUCAAUUGGACAAUAACCGCUUUUCAACAAGAACGAAAAGAAUAAUGGUUACGACGAAGAAAGCAAAAGGAGACACACCUGCAUCAAAUCCAGUAAAUAUUCGAGCUAUUACCGACAAACAUACAAUUACCGUUUUAUGGGACCGUCCGGAGAGAAUAGACUCACCAAUAAAAAAAUAUCAAAUUUUUAUUAUGGAGGAUUCUCCUGAAACACGCCGUAUGAAGGAACCAGACGAUUCGCCAACUAGACUUUCCGCAAAAUCAUUGGCAUCAAGUCAUACAAUCUACGCUCUCAAAAUAUGGACCCGGUAUAAAAUAUGGAUUAGAGCUGAAACACUAGACGGAGAUGGAGAAUUCGGUUCGAUAAUUGUUCGAACAGCCGAAGGCGUUCCGAAAAAGCCGAAGAAUCUUCGAGGUACAGCAUUUAAUUCAACUACUAUUGGAAUUUAUUGGGAUAAGCCCCAUAAAAAAGAAUUGACUGGAUUAAUUCGAGGCUACUAUGCAAACGUGUGGGAGAUUGUCAACGAUGGAAAAGUUCAAUACAUAAAAAUAGGGAGGAUAACAUCGAAAUCUUCCACUCCAUUUAUGCUAAUUACUGGUUUAAAGCCAGACACAAACUACUCAAUUACUUUAACUGGUCUAUCUAAAGUUGGAGAUGGUGAAAGCACAGACCCGAUUAUUGUGAGAACAAAAGGAGCUGUUCCCUCUCCACCGACUGACCUAAAGUUGACCCUUGUUGAUGGCGAACAAACUACUGUUCGUGUUACGUGGAAGCCGCCCAUUAGAACUUAUGGAAAAAUCGAAAAAUACAAAGUGCUCUAUACUGCAGAAGGCGAUAAGUAUACAAAUGAGCGACGGCUAGAUCCUCGGAAGAAUAAUAAGUAUCAGGCACAAAUGCUAGCUAAGGGCACGACUUACGAAUUUCGAGUUGCAGCAAAGAAUCAAGUGGAAUAUGGAGAAUUCGUCGUCGGUUCUAUAUCGACACCUGAAGGACCACCCACUGGUGCCCCGAGAAACGUUACUGUAUAUCCGUAUGGAGUAAAGAGCUUUCAAGUUACGUGGUCCCCUCCCGAGAAAAAGCAAAGAAUGGGAAAGAUGGUAAAUUAUGAAAUUGUAUAUCAUCCUGUUGGUAAAGAACAGUCAGAAAUGUCUGUUAAUUCAUCUGAGGCAACAAGUGCGAUUCUCCAGGAUUUGACAAUGAAUAUUUGGUAUAGUCUCCAAGUGAGAGCCUAUACGUCAGUAGCAGAGGGUCCUUUUACAAAACCAAUAAAAUUUCGUACGGAAGGCAAACAACCUGGUCCGCCUACGAAUGUUUCGCUAAGAAAAGAUGGGAAAAAUGCUUUAAUUGUAUCUUUUGAUCCUCCGCGAGUCGGAAAAGGCUUAGUUGAAAAGUACAAGAUUUAUUAUUCAUCUACAUAUAACGAUGACAUGGAAAAAUGGGAUAGCGUAGAGUUUGAUGCUAGUGAAACAGAGCAUAGAAUAGAGAGUAUUGCUGAAAAGACCAGCUAUUGCGUACGUGUUCGCGCACUCUCUUCUCACGGCGGUUUUGGUAACUUUUCAGAAGUUAAAUACUAUCAUCCGAACGAAAUUAGCAAUGAAAGACACAAUCAAGUCAGAAAACUAGACCUCCGAAACAAUAAUCCUGAUUUUUUGUUAACUUGGGAAAGACCUACUUCCAAUCGCCCAGUAGAGAGUUAUCAAUUGACUUUAAAGAGCACUGCAACGUAUUUCGAUGAAAGGGGUCGGCCACAAACUGAAUCUAAAAUCAAAAGAAUAGAGCUAGACAGCACGGCUAGAGAACGCAUAUUUCCGAAUUUAAAACCAAAUACUCAUUACAAAUUUCUCGUCGCCGUACAAUUCGAAGGCGAGCAACAUUAUGAACUACCGUUAGGUCUUGAUACAAAAACUGAUGGCAUCCCACCGAAAUUUAUCCAAGCACCUGAGGCAGUACCAUCUAAAGGAUCUCCAAGGUUUAAGCUAUUUAAAUCGUCGACUAGAAACGGAGUAAUAAAGCAUUACACUUUAUACGUCGUCGACGCCAGUGCCGUAGAUAGCUUUGGACAACCACCAAAAUUUCUCAUGGAAUAUAAUCAAAAUAAAAAUAUUAAGUUGUAUCCGACAGCUCAGUUCGACGGUAAUCCAACAUCGCCCAAUCGCUUACCAAAUGAAUUCAAAUUAGGCGAUGGAAAAAAAUAUGGAGCGUAUAAGAAUAGACGUUUGACACCGGGAGAUAAACUUACAUUAUUUAUGAUGAUUACGGAAGAAAUGGGAAAAACUGCCUAUUCUGGUUAUUCAGAUUUAGUAACAGUUCCUCUUGAUGGAACUUAUGAUUACAAUGAUAGUAGCGAAAUAGCAGAACAAGAAAAUGGAAAUUUAAUAUGGGUUGUUGGACCUAUUUGCGGAGUUGUAGUUCUUAUUUUAGUUGUUAUCUUCGUCGUAGUAUUUUUCAGGCGUAGAGCAGCUAAACGACAGUUAGAUAAGACAAAAUUGCAAACAACAUUAGCAACACCUAUUCCGGCUCCAUCGAAUGCUAUUUCAAAACCCCCUCCGGUUUCUGCUGUGUCAACCCUCAUGCCACAAAGUUCUAUGGGACUCUCUCAACAUAGUAUGGAUCCUGUUGAACAUAGAAGAAGAAAUAAAGCAACAACCGCUUUGGCAGCCCACCCGCCAAUCUCUGUGGUGGACCUAGCUGAUCAUAUAGAUCGACUCAAAGCAAACAACGGUUCACAGUUUUCAGCGGAAUUUGAGUCAAUCGACCCUGCGGAGCAGUUGACUUGGGAACAUUCCAGCAUGGAUGUGAAUAAGUCAAAGAAUCGAUACGCCAAUGUUAUUUCUUAUGAUCAUUCACGCGUCAAAUUAUCAAUGGAAAAUGGCAUUACUGGUAGCGAUUAUAUAAAUGCCAAUUUCUUGGAUGGAUAUUGUAAACAGAACGCCUACAUAGCUUCCCAAGGACCAAUGCCUGAUACUAUGUCGGAUUUUUGGAGAAUGGUAUGGGAACAACAGGUAGCAAGCAUAGUAAUGAUGACAAGAUUAGAAGAGAGAACAAGGAUAAAAUGCGAUCAAUAUUGGCCAAAUCGAGGACCAGAAGUUUACGGAUCGAUGACUGUAACAUUAGUUGAUGUUACAGAACUGGCAACUUAUACAAUACGAACAUUCAGCUUAACUAGAGCUGAUGCGAUUGGUGAAAAAAGAGAAGUCAGGCAGUUUCAGUUUACCGCAUGGCCAGAUCAUGGCACACCGCUACACCCUGGUCCCUUAUUAUUAUUUAUGAGGAGAGUGAAGGCCAUGACACCAGUUGAUGCUGGCCCCACAAUUGUACAUUGUUCAGCAGGAGUUGGUAGAACAGGUGCUUUCGUGGUUAUAGAUUCGCAAUUAGAGAGAAUAAAGCACGUUCCUACUGUCGAUAUAUAUGGUCAUGUUACGUGCCUUCGGGCACAGAGGAACUACAUGGUGCAAACAGAAGAGCAAUAUAUCUUCAUACACGAUGCUAUACUCGAAGCUGUACAAAGUGGGAAUACAGAAGUUCCUGUUCGUAGUCUAUUUAAUCAUAUUCAAAAAUUAACAACGCCCCAACCUGGAGCUGAGAGAACUGGAUUGGAAGUAGAGUUCGCCAGACUCGCUCAAACAAAACCAAAUUCCGCCACGAAAUUUGUAUCUGCAACCUUGGCUGUAAAUCGUUUCAAGAAUCGCCUCGUCAAUAUUCUACCCUAUGAGAAUUCCAGAGUGUGUUUGCAAGCGUUACGAGGUGUCGAAGGAUCAGAUUACAUAAACGCCAGUUUCAUAGAUGGCUACAGAUAUAGGAAAGCUUAUAUAGCCACACAAGGUCCAUUGCAGGAAACGACAGAAGAUUUCUGGCGUAUGCUAUGGGAACAUAACUCUACUAUAAUUGUUAUGCUCACAAAAUUGCGCGAAGGUGGAAGGGAGAAGUGUUUUCAGUAUUGGCCGGACAGAUCUGCUAGAUAUCAUUGCCUUGUGGUUGAUCCCGUUGCUGAAUAUAAUAUGCCCGCAUAUAUUCUCCGAGAGUUUAAAGUCACCGACGCUCGUGACGGCCAGAGCAGAACGGUUCGUCAAUUCCAAUUUACCGAAUGGCCCGAACAAGGAACUCCAAAAUCAGGCGAUGCCUUUAUCGAUUUUAUCGGUCAAGUUCACAAAACAAAGGAACAAUUCGGUCAGGAUGGACCUAUUACGGUUAUGUGCUCAGCGGGUGUCGGUAGAACGGGAGUUUUUAUAGCAUUAUCAAUAGUAUUGGAAAGGAUGCGCUAUGAAUGCGUUGUCGAUCUCUUCCAAACAGUAAAAUUGCUGAGAACACAACGACCGGCCAUGGUACAAAGCGAAGAUCAAUACAGUUUUUGUUAUACGGCCGCUUUGGAAUAUUUAGGAUCAUUUGAUCAUUAUGCAACAUAA